AUGGGUUUUGGAAUAAAUGAUGAAGAUAAUUCAACUUAUGAGGAUUCAGCUCCUAUAGAAACCGAAAUAAGUAUUAAAAAUAUUUCGGCUGAAGAACAAACCAAUGAAUUAAAUCGACUUUUAAAUACGCAUGAUGAUUUAAUUA